AUGACGUCACGUGUGCCCCACCCCCCCAUUAAGUGAGUUGGAGGGAGGAGGCGGCGGUAGUGGUGGUGGCUGGGGUUUGGUUCCCGGUUGAAGAUGGCAUCGUACACACCGGGUGAAUCAUUCUCCACAGUCGUGGAGUGCAUUGAAGUGCGGAAACUGCGGCAAGGAGACAACCUGAUCCUGGGCUUCAGCAUCGGAGGCGGCAUCGACCAGGAUCCGGGCCAGAACCCAUACUCUAUGGACAAGUCCGACAAGGGUGUCUACGUCACCAAGGUGGCUCUAGGUGGUCCAGCUGACCUCGCCGGACUCAAAAUCGGGGACAAGAUCAUGCAGGUGAACGGGUGGGACAUGACGAUGGUGACGCACGACCAAGCUCGCAAGAAGCUCACCAAGAAGAACGAGGAGGCGGUGCGGCUGCUGGUGACUCGCAAGUCCCUGCAGAACGUCGUGCACCACGCGCAGCUCUGCUAGGGGUGUCGGCCAAGCCAUCGUGCAGGAGCGGCCGUCUGAACACCGCCACUCUGGGACGACGCCUCGUCCGUCACGGUACAAAGUGUGUGUGCGGUGUGCGCUCCCUCUCUCUUCCUGUCCGACCACCAGGAGGAGGACUCGCUUUGCAGCAGUCCCGAAAGAGCGUCACUUCCACCACGGCGACACCUUCCCCCCAACCCCCUCCCCGACGGACACCUCUCUACAAACCGACUGCCACACCGCGCGUUUCCAGCGUCGCGUACGCUUCCCUCGUCGCCUGCGUUAAAGCAGGGGGUUGAGGAACCUACGGUCCACGGCUACGUUUUAACCUACCAUUUCAAAGCGGGCUCCGAACGGUAUUUAUCGGUCUCUGCGAGCAUCUUGGCCACGCCAACUAGUGCACGAGAGUGGAAUAUUAUCAAACUGGCAAUGCAGCGGCGUUUUCUAAUUUUAGCACGGUCACUUUCGUCACUUGUCAUACUGCAAGUGCUUGAAGUGUGUGUGAGUGUGGCCACGUGUAUAGCCCCGCGAAGGAUUUCGAAGGUUCGAAUUUAUCCCUCGGUCAUGAAAAGGUUCCCCUCACCCCUUCUUUCGUGGGAGAGGUCUCAAACAGCCGUGGCAGGAUGACGAUGGUGUGGUGGUGGUGGCGGCGGCGGCGACCGGUUUGUAAACCUCCCACGAGCCACGUUUGUCAGUGGAAUUGCUGCCAACUUGUUUACGAAGUGAGGUACGUUUAGGAAUUCUGACAAAAACUCCUGCCAGAUAUUAAAAACCACAUUUUAAGUCAUUUUCUUCCCCAAUGUUAUCCCGAUUGGGUUGUGCGAUUGGAUUCAUGUUAUGAUACGAAAAUCCCAUAAGCACUGGUGGAGUCAGUGGGGGGGGGGGUGGGGCGGCACGUUCCCCCCAAUGAU